GGCAUCCCCUGUAAAUAUCUCUCAAAAACACUGGUACCAAGUUUGUUAUGUUUUUUCGCUUUCCUUCGCUUCGCUCCGGCGCACUCUCACGCUCUUCUCCCUCCCUGUCCUUCGAAUCCUUCAGAAAUCAUUUUUGUGUCUUUUCUUUUUCGUCUCUCUCGUUUUCUCGGUGUCCAAACAAGAACCUUGAACUGAAAUGGCUUCCCAUCCCGAAAACGUAGGAAUUCUCGCCAUCGAUAUCUACUUCCCUCCUACUUGUAUCCAGCAGGAAGUACUGGAGGCACACGAUGGUGCCAGCAAAGGAAAAUACACCAUUGGGCUUGGACAAGAUUGCAUGGCUUUUUGUACAGAAGUGGAAGAUGUUAUCUCAAUGAGUUUGACGGUUGUUACCUCACUGCUUGAGAAAUAUGAAAUUGAUCCAACUAAAAUCGGACGCUUAGAAGUUGGCAGUGAGACCGUCAUUGACAAGAGCAAGUCCAUCAAGACCUUCCUGAUGCAAAUCUUUGAGGAAUGUGGUAACACUGACAUUGAAGGAGUUGACUCAACAAAUGCAUGCUAUGGGGGAACUGCAGCUUUAUUCAAUUGUGUAAACUGGGUGGAAAGUAGUUCAUGGGAUGGGCGCUAUGGGCUGGUUGUGUGCACAGACAGUGCGGUAUAUGCAGAAGGGCCAGCUCGGCCUACUGGAGGCGCAGCUGCAAUUGCCAUGCUGGUUGGGCCAAAUGCACCUAUUGCUUUUGAGAGCAAAUUCAGGGGAAGUCAUAUGUCACAUGCCUAUGAUUUUUACAAGCCAAAUCUUGCAAGUGAAUACCCAGUUGUAGAUGGAAAAUUGUCUCAAACUUGUUAUCUUAUGGCACUUGAUUUGUGCUACAAACAUUUCUAUGAGAAGUUUGAGAAACUACAGGGGAGGCCAUUUUCAAUUUCAGAUGCUGAUUAUUUUGUGUUUCAUUCUCCUUAUAAUAAGCUUGUUCAGAAGAGUUUUGCUCGGCUGUUCUUCAAUGAUUUCUUAAGGAAUGCCAGUUAUAUUGAUGAGGGUGCAAAAGAGAAGCUAACCCCAUUUUCAGGCCUAUCCAAUGAUGAGAGCUAUCAGAGCCGAGAUCUUGAAAAGGCAAGUCAACAAGUAGCAAAACCUCUAUAUGAUUCAAUGGUGCAACCAUCCACCUUAUUACCAAAACAAGUUGGUAACAUGUAUACUGCGUCUCUAUAUGCAGCAUUUGCAUCCCUUCUUCACAACAAGCAUACAUCACUGGCAGGCAAACGGGUAGUAAUGUUCUCGUAUGGGAGUGGUUUAACUGCCACAAUUUUCUCCCUCAAACUUCAAGAUGGUCGACAUCCUUUCAACUUGUUGAAUAUUGCAAAACUGAUGAAUGUUUCAGAGAAGUUGAAAUUGAGACACGAGUUUCCUCCUGAAAAAUUUGUCGACACAAUGAAGCUAAUGGAGCAGCGGUAUGGAGCAAAGGACUUUGUCACAAGCAAGGACAGUAGCCUUCUAUUACCAGAUACCUACUACCUCACUAAAGUCGACUCAAUGUAUCGAAGAUUUUACAGUCGAAAGGCUAAUGCUGCUGCUGCUACACCAGAACGGUUUUGCUAAUUAAGGCCAAUUGACAACUUAAACUAGGUAAGUGCAAAGGAAAGAGAACUGGGAAAUUGUCGUGACAUAGCAAGAUAUGUUAUCUGGUUGGGGAUUUAUUGACUUUAUUUUGGCUUAUGUUCUAAAUAAUAGCAUUGAAAGAAUGGCUAGUUUAUAUUAUCUCGUCCCUCGAAGGGCUCUCACAUGUAAUCUUGUUAUUUUGAUUUGGCACAUUCGAAAUGAUUCUACAGAUUAUGACUCUUUGGCAUUUAGUCCAAGAUGGGCAGCCUUCCCAUAUCAA